CAACUGCCAUUUCCGCUCGUUCGCGUUGACGUAGUCACUUUCAUACUGACUGAACUCGGCUGGUUUUAGGAGUGAACACCGGGGUUGAGACUGCUAGAGAAUGGUGGGCCUCCGCAGGGGCACGUGAGACGCAAUUCGAAUUCGGGACGGUUGAAAUCGACGCGGCUCCGCUUCAGACGGACCAGAUGACAGACACACCGGCCGGCCAAAUGAACGCGUUUCCGCCGAGGCUCUGAACGACUUCAGCUGCUAUCCGGUUACAUUUUGGGGGAAGGACGUGAAAGAGCCCCCGAGACGGACAUUCACACGCCAAGAGGAAGUCUUGAUAGACCGCAGGCUCUUAAAGAGGCCUCACAGAAUUUACCAGACACACAGGAAAGGAAAAGCGCCGAAAAAAUCGCUGCAUUUGUCGCCUUUCUGUGGAUUAUUGUCGAGGGUGGCGUUUUUCAAACCGCUCCCACCAUAGAACCGAAGCAAAAGCUCAGCAAAUCAAGUGUUGACCUUUUCCCUUCUACUGAAAGUUUUCAGUAACUUUACCGUCGUUUAAUCAGCAACCAAGUGACCAGUAUUGGCUGGAACUACACUUAAUUCAUUGUGAUUUUGCGCCCAGUUUCCUGAAAAAGUUAUACACGUGUUCCGUUGACUUCCAAAUCUGACAUUCCCCAGACAAAAUCUUAAAGAAGCAGUGCUUUUAUUUCACGUUUCAAACCUUUACCAUAUCAGACUUUUUUGUUUUCUUUUUGGUGGGAAGUAACCAUUUAUGAACAAUAUACAACAUGGGGAAGAUGCUGUCAAAGAUAUUUGGUAACAAAGAGAUGAGAAUAUUGAUGCUCGGACUGGAUGCCGCCGGAAAAACCACCAUCCUUUAUAAGUUGAAACUCGGCCAGUCUGUGACCACCAUCCCGACCGUCGGUUUCAACGUGGAGACGGUCACCUACAAAAACGUCAAGUUCAACGUGUGGGACGUGGGCGGACAAGAUAAGAUCCGUCCCCUCUGGCGACACUACUACACGGGCACGCAGGGGUUAAUUUUUGUGGUGGAUUGUGCUGAUAGAGAUCGCAUCGACGAAGCCAGGCAAGAACUCCACCGCAUCAUCAACGACCGCGAGAUGCGGGAUGCCAUCAUUUUGAUUUUCGCCAACAAGCAAGACCUGCCGGACGCCAUGAAGCCACACGAGAUCCAGGAGAAGCUGGGACUGACGCGCAUCCGGGACAGGAAUUGGUACGUGCAGCCAUCGUGUGCAACCACCGGUGACGGACUGUACGAAGGCUUAACAUGGUUAACAUCUAACUACAAGUCUUAAUGACACUGGCACUGACUGUUUAGGACAAAUAAACUCAGUACGGGGAAAGAUCACACCCUCCACUGAAUAUUCGUGCUGUUUUGAUUUAAGAGUUAACAUUCGUUUUUGGUUUUUCAAACGGCCCUCUUUGAAACCACGUAAUGGGUUUGGCUUGCUUUUAGUUUCCUGUAUACUGUGGCAUACCAGCGUCACUCAUCUUGGACUAUUGCUUAACAUGAUAAAGCAUUCCUGAAUGAAGAUUCUCAAUUUUAUUAUAUUUUUUUCUUUGAUUUGUAGGUUUUUCUAUAUUUGUUUUCUCUCCUUCAGUUUCUGUCGUGGAGAUAUCAGAGUUUGUCCCAGCAAAUGGUCCAAUAGUGUGUUAAAGGCGUUUUAUACCGAGAUGUAUCAAACCUGUCCAGGCAUCCACUGUAGCAAAGCACAGUGUUGCUGAGGAGGUUGUAGCAUACUAAUUGUAGGUAGCUGUGUGGUGUAACAGGUUUUAAACCGUGCCAUAUUUAUGAUAUCACUGACAUCCAAUGAUAAUCAACAUGUAAAUGAGUCCAUGGAACAUUUUAUGCAAAAGUCUAAUCGCUGAAGGCGGACUUACCACAGACGUAACUUAUAUUCACACAGCAUAGUCGAACCGAAUGAUGUCUUGUUCUCGAAAGCUGAAAAACCACGUUUUUUGUUUUUUUUUCUGCAUCGCAUUGUAGCCCAAAACAAGCUUAAACGUAAAAGUGACUUCAUUUUAUACAUUGAGGGGAUGCCUUUUGUAGCCCUUUUAUCAUUUAGGCUCAUUGCAUUGACCAGAUUGUCUUUUGACUUACACUCAUGUGUCUCUAAAAUGUGGGAGUGUUACGUUCUUGCAUUUCAAGUGUAGUGCUUGCGGUAGAGUGGACUGGAUUUGUCAUUUUGGAGAGAAAUGUUUCAUUCUGUUCAACUCCUCUCUUUUCUUUAAUCAUUUUGAAAAACAUGUACAGAAACAGCUAUGUAAUUGUAACUUCAAAUUAAACUUAGUCAUUUUAACGCUCUUA